AUGUCGCUCAGUGUAAUGCCACUCGAGAUGAACAAUCUCAUAGGUCCAAUCCCUGCUGCAAUGUGGAACUUGACCAACUUGACACUUCUGUAUCCUAAUAACAACAAACUUUCACGACCCAUCCCUCAAGAAAUUGGAAUGUUGAGGUCUCUUGUCGAUCUUCAGUUGCAUAAGAAAAACAUCUUAGGUCCAAUCCUUUGUUCUAUAAAGAAUUUGGUCAACUUAACCACUUUGUACCUUAAUAACAACAAAUUUUCAGGACCCAUCCCUCAAGAAAUAAGAAUGUUGAGGUCUUUUGUUGAUCUCAUGUUGUCAAUGAACAACUUCUCAGGUCCAAUCCCUUGUUCUAUAAAGAAUUUGGUUAAUUUAACCACUUUGUAUCCUGAUAACAACAAACUUUCAAGACCCAUCCCUCAAGAAAUUGGAAUGUUGAGGACCCAUCCCUCAAGAAAAUGGAAUGUUAAGGUCGUCGAUCUCCAGUGGAAUAACUUCUCAGGUCCAAUCCCUUGUUCUAUAAAGAAUUUGAUCAACUUAACCACUUUGUAUCUUGAUAACAACAAACUUUCACGACCCAUCCCUCAAGAAAUUGGAAUGUUAAGGUCUCUUAUCGAUCUUAUGUUAUCAAGGAACAACUUCUUAGGUCCAAUCCCCCAAGAAAUUGAAAUGUUGAGGUCUCUUGUCGAUCUCGAUUUAUCCGAGAACUUCUCAGGUUCAAUACCUGCUUUAAUAAAGAACUUGGUCAACUUAACGACUCUGCAUCUUUUUUCUAGCAAACUUUCAGGAUCCAUCCCUCAAGAAAUUGGAAUGUUAAGCAAACUUUCAGGAUCUAUCCCUCAAGAAAUUGGAAUGUUGGGGUCUCUUGUUGAUCUCGAGUUGUUCGAGAGCAACUUCUCAGGUUCAAUACCUGCUUCAAUAAAGAACUUGUUGAGUAGGAACGAGCUUACUGACCAUUUACCACAUAACAUAUGCUGUGGUGGAUUAUUUGUAAAUUUCACUGCAUUUGGCAACCAUCUCACAGGUCUAAUCCCUAACAGCUUGAAGAGUUGCACUAGCUUAUUCAGAGUUAGGCUUGAAAGAGACCAACUUUAUGGAAAUAUGUCAAAAGAUUUCGGCAUAUAUCCAAAAUUAGAUUAUAUCAAUUUGAGUGAUAAUAAAAUGUAUGAAAUACAUCAACGGAAUAUUGUGAGGCUUUAUGGUUUUUAUUCGCACCCACAACACUCAUUUUUGGUUUACGAGUUCUUGGAAGGGGGAAGUUUGCAAAAGAUCUUGAGCAGUGACCAACAAACCUCGGAGUUUGGAUGGAUUAAGAGAGCGAAUGUGGUAAAAGAUGUGACAGAUGCUUUGUGUCACAUGCAUUAUGAUUGUUCGCCUCCUAUAGUUCAUGGGGACAUAUCAAACAAGAAUGUUUUGUUAGAUUCUGAAUAUGUGGCUCACAUUUCUGACUUUGGCAGUGCUAGCCUUCUAAAUCCUAACUCUUCUAAUUGGACUUCAUUCGCAGGGACCUUUAGGUAUGCUGCUCCAGACUAUGGCUCGCGUCAAGACAGUAGCACGCAGACAUCGUCACAGCUCCAACCAUAG